AUGAGACGAGAUUUCCAAAGGUUGACGAAGAAUUGUGUUACCUGUCAAAAGAGUAAAAUUUCAGUACACGUGAAGGCACCCCUCCAACAUCUUGAGACUCCAUCGGAACGAUUUGGGUUUCUUCAUGUAGAUUUGGUUGGGCCGUUACCAGAAAGCAAUGGUAAAAACAUGCUCUUUACGGUGAUAGAUAAUUACUCGGGAUUCGUUGCUGCAUACCCAUUAGAGAGUCAACCUCAAGGUUCCAACAGUGUUGCUUGUGCGAAACACCUGAUCGAUUGGAUAGCGUUGUUUGGCGUCCCACAUACAGUCGUUUCUGAUCGCGGACCUCAAUUCGCAAGUGCCAUUUGGAAAGAACUAAGCAAAAUUUUGAAUUUUAAGGUGAAUGUAACGACGGCCUACCAUCCACAGGCGAACGGUAAAAUCGAGAGAUUCCAUAGAACAUUAAAAAGUGCUUUACGAUCAAGACUUGAAGGCAGAAGUAAUUGGGAAAUGGAAUUACCUUGGGCAUUACUUGGAAUCCGGAAUCAACCGAACACGGAUUCGGGCUUUGCUCCAUCAGAUUACGUUUUCGGUAGCAAAGUUCGUUUUCCUGGACAGCCAUCGUUCCCAAUCUCUUACCAAGCGCCAUCGACUUUCGUUGAACGGUUGAGAAACGCAGUGACCAAUCAAGUAGUAAAAAAACCUGAAUGGCAUUUGGCGGGAAAUUUGAAAUUCGAUAUCCCAAAUGAUCUCAAAACAUGUAAGCAAGUACUAAUCAGGGAAGAGCGAAAGUUGGCAAGUCUUAGACAAAAGUACUCCGGUCCAUUUGAAGUUAUUUCAAGAAAUGAUAAAGCAUUCAAGAUAAAGUUUCCUUCAGGAGAAGAUUUCGUUUCUAUUAAUAGAUUGAAACCAUUUCAUCAAUGA